AUGUCUGCAUCACCUGAAAUGCAUCAUCAGCAUCAACAGCUUCAGCAGGAAGCUAACAGUGCUCCGUUGCAGGGAGAGAUUAAGUCGACCAGUGCCGAAGGAACACCACCACCAGAGCUGGCCACUAUGACGACUGUGAGCGUUCUGGAUCUACACAAGGAUUAUAAUGGUGGUGUUGGAGUUAGUCCCGGUGGAGCAGCCGCUGGUGAUGGUUCCGUCACCUCACCACACACCAUCGUCCACGAUGGGGCCACCGAUAUGAGUCUUCCGGAUGAUGGAACGACGGAGAAAGUGUACGACAAGGAGACGAACACUGUGUACGUGUAUACAACGGCUGCUGGAGCGGCAGGACAUAAGCUAGCGGCGAAUGCACACCAUCAUCAGCUAACUACGAUUGUGCAUGGUCAGCAGCAACAACAGCAAAUGCAUUCACCGGAUCAACUACAUCCGAGCGAACAUCAUUCUACCACCGUACAGAAUCUGCUCCAUGCUCGACUGAUCCAGCAACAACAGCAGUCAUCGGAUGAGCAACAGCAGCAUUUGCAACGUAUGUCUCCGGUAGAUCAACAUCAGCAGCAACAACACCACCAACAGCACGCGCAAGUACACCCGGACGAUGGUGGUAUCAUUGAUGGACAUCGCUUGCUACCGGCAACUAUCAACGGCAACGAUGGUGGUGAUCCACAACAACAACAGCAACAACAACAACAACAGCACCAUCAGCAUCAACACCUCGGUCGAAUGUCACCGGAGGAGCAACAGGGCGGUGUACGGUUGCUCGAGGACAGUCACAUACAGCGACUGCUCGGCAAUCAGGAAAUUAUCAGCCGAGACAUCAUAAACGGUGAACAUCACAUCAUAACACGCAACGAGAACGGCGAGACGAUUCUGACCCGCAUUGCCAUCUCGACCGCUGACCAGCUGCUGAAUCGCAUGGACAAUAGUAUCAUCUACACGACGACUAGUGUUGGUGGCGGCGGAGGUGCCGGCACAGUCGGUGUUGGCCCUCAGGAACAGCUACCGACCACGGUGCAACAGUUCGAGAAGGACGUGGACGACAAACAUCAGCAGGCACAGCACCAUGGUCAUCCACACGCGCCACACACGCAUCAGCCGCAGACGAUCUACACUACGGCGGCCGGUGGACCAGCGGACCAAACACAGCCGAAGCAGAUCGUCUACACGCUCGGUGGCGGUGAACCGAAGAACGUUAUCUACGGUGAUCCGAAGGCGGCUAUGCCACACUUCGAGACGGUUCCGGGGGCUGGUGCUGGUGGUGGUGGUGGUGCUGGUGGUGGCAGUGGUCCCGGAUCGGGCGAGGAAGAUAAACCUCAGAUCGACUACGUUUACAACGAGGGCAACAAAACGGUGAUCUACACCGACCAGAAGGGACUGGAAAGUUUGUACGCGAACAAUGAGCUCGGGCUGAUCGAUGGUACGCAGAUUGUGGUGCAGGGCAAUCUGCAGUACACGCAGCAGCAGGGUCCGGACGGUACGACGGUCUACGUGGUGUCCUCGGAUAUGAACCCGAAUGAUAUUAGCGGCCUUCAGCAAAGCACCAACUCCGGCGCAAAGCUAAAUGGGCAGACACUGCAAGCAAUGGAUUUGCUGCUUGGCGCUCAUCCAUCCACACAGACGAUCAACGUGAAGCGCGAACCGGAAGAUCUGCGCAAGGAGCCGAAAAAUCCACGCAAUCAGAAGGUAUCGUCGCCAUCGCUGCACAUUAAAGAACCUCCACCCAGCCCUGGAAGUCCUUCAACGGAAACCAUGUAUGCUGCCCCCGGCAGCACGCAGAUCUACCUGCAGGGUCCUUCCCAUCAGAACAGUACAGCAGCGACGGCAAGCUCCAAUGUGAAUACCAACUCGCCCAGCCCCAGCUCCUACGCACAGUAUGAUAUGUAUCCGCCGAACAGACUUGGCCCUGGUGGCACAGCGUUCAUCACGGAACCGUACACCUACCGUGAAUAUUUCGACAACCAGGGCUACGCUCCGCCCCGGACCAUCUACGGUACGGCAGCCGAUUCCGAGGGUCCCCAGCCAGCCACCACGUACGAGGGCCGUUUCACCAAGACCGGCUCGAUCUACACCAAGACGAUCACAUCGGCCGGUCUGACGGUGGAUCUGCCCAGUCCCGAUUCGGGCAUCGGUGCGGAUGCGAUUACGCCGCGCGAUCAGAACAACGUCCAGCAACAGUUUGACUAUGCGGAACCGUGCCAAGCACCGAUCGGUAUGGUCGAUCCCAACGCAGCCGGCCAUAUACCGGUGUGUGUGGCCAGCUUGCAGCGCAAUCUUGCGAUCAACGGUAGCCAACCGAGCCCAACCACAUCGCUGGGCGGUUCGUCGACGGCGGCCGUUGCCACUGCUGGUGCGGCUACCGCUCCCCGCUCCCGACCGUGGCACGAUUUUGGCCGACAGAACGAUGCUGACAAAGUUCAGAUACCAAAAAUAUACACGGACGUUGGUUUCAAAUACUAUCUGGAAAGCCCGAUCAGCUCGUCCCAGCGCCGGGAAGACGAUCGGAUAACGUACAUCAACAAGGGACAGUUCUAUGGCAUUACGCUCGAAUAUGUGCACGAUCCGGACAAGCCGCUUAAAAAUCAAACUGUUAAGAGCGUCAUCAUGCUGCUGUUCCGCGAGGAGAAAAGCCCGGAAGAUGAAAUUAAAGCCUGGCAGUUCUGGCACAGUCGGCAGCAUUCGGUAAAACAGAGAAUAUUAGAUGCCGACACGAAGAACUCUGUCGGUUUGGCCGGCUGUAUCGAGGAAGUAUCGCACAACGCAAUUGCCGUCUACUGGAAUCCUCUCGAGAGCUCUGCCAAGAUCAACGUCGCCGUCCAGUGUCUCAGUACGGAUUUCAGCAGUCAAAAGGGUGUUAAGGGCUUACCGCUUCAUCUCCAGAUCGAUACGUUUGAGGAUCCUCGUGAUACGAGCGUUUUCCAUCGAGGGUACUGUCAAAUCAAAGUCUUUUGUGAUAAGGGUGCCGAACGGAAGACACGCGACGAGGAACGGCGGGCAGCGAAGCGCAAAAUGACCGCAACUGGCAGGAAAAAGUUGGAUGAACUGUAUCACCCAGUGGUGGAUCGGUCGGAGUUUUACGGUAUGAGCGACCUGCUGAAACCGCCAGUCCUUUUCUCACCUUCGGAGGACAUCGAUAAGCUAACAUCCAUGGAUAUGCAGUUCUACGGGCACGAUGCAGACUCUCUCUCCGGCACAUCGGACAACGUCAAGUCGCCCUUCCUGCUGCACGCCAACAAACCGGCCACACCAACGCUGAAGUUCCACAAUCACUUCCCACCGGACGUACCGACUGACAAGAAAGAUCCGAGCAUCAUAAUGGACGGUUCGCUGGUGGCAAACUCGAUGGUUGACUUUACGCCACAGAUCAAGCGGCAGAGAAUGACACCACCGCUCAGUGAGCGAGUUAUGCUGUACGUGCGCCAGGACAACGAGGACGUUUACACGCCCCUUCACGUCGUCCCGCCGAGCACGGUCGGGUUGCUUAAUGCGAUUGAAAAUAAAUUCAAAAUUUCCUCGUCGAGAAUUAACACUAUUUAUCGCAAAAAUAAGAAAGGAAUUACGGCGAGAAUUGAUGACGACAUGAUCAGACACUACUGCAACGAGGACAUCUUCAUCCUGGAAGUUCAACGGUACGAGGAGGACCUGUACGACAUCACGCUAACGGAGCUGCCAACGCACUAG